CCACUUUCUAAUUUAGACGGGUUUGCUUCAGUAAUGUCGUGUUUAUAUGAAAUCCAUUAACAUGUUUAUAUUGGUGCUUUGUUUACUAUCACAAUGCAUAGCAGUGAAUAUAACGCGUAUACAAGUACCGUCGUUGGUGGAGACAGGGACAGAGUUCGUAAUCCUCGAUUGCGAGUACAGUACUGGGUCGGUGACACCGGGCCCUGGACUCGUGAUGAAGUGGUUCUUCAAUGGUUCUGCUGGCUUAGUCUACCAAUGGAUACCGCCAAUGCAACCUCAAGUCAUUGGCCUGCUCAAGGGGAAGGUUGAUAUAGGUUUUCGAAUAUCUGACGAACCACUUCAAGCUUAUCGUGCUAUAAAAAUUAUAAGGCCGACCACGGAUUUAAGUGGAAACUAUACUUGCGUUGUGUCCACCUUCAUGCAGGAGGAUCGUCAAACCAAACCUAUGCUUGUUUAUAGUCCCGGAAAGAGCUUCCAUUUUGUUCAAGAGAAAAAAUAUGUGUUCUUAGUGACGCUCAUUUGUGUGGCUGAAAAUUUAUAUCCUAAACCCAUUAUGGUCAUUUUAUCACAGGGAAAACCAUUGGAGCAAGCAGUGACUGAAAUUAGAAUGGAUUCUUGGGGUCUAUAUACAGUGGAGACGAGAGCUCUUGUUCAUGACGACGACGUCACAAGUCCGUGGGAAGAAUUUGUGUGUGUACUGAAAUUGCCGCCUGCGAACUACAUAGUCAACAGAACGACAGUUUAUUACCCUGGUUUAAUGCCAACAGCUUAUAGUAUUGCUGCAAUAGAAGUUGAAAAACCCCAGGAGCGACACGCGCAUAAAAGUCGAGCUGUUGCACCAUCCGUCACGUCUGUGCUUUAUUUGGUGUGUGCUUAUAUUUAUAGAAUAAUUAUAUAA